UGGGAUGGUCGGAUGGCAUGGUGUGAUGCAUGGUGGCAUGAAUGGCACGCCUUGGUGACAGUGGUGACAGUGGUGAGAGUGGUGACAGUGGUGAGAGUGGUGACAGUGGUGACAGUGGUGACAGUGGUGACAGUGGUGACAGUGGUGAGAGUGGUGACAGUGGUGACAGUGGUGACAGUGGUGACAGUGGUGACAGUGGUGACAGUGGUGACAGUGGUGACAGUGGUGACAGUGGUGACAGUGGUGACAGUGGUGACAGUGGUGGCAGUGGUGACAGUGGUGACAGUGGUGACAGUGGUGGCAGUGGUGACAGUGGUGACAGUGGUGGCAGUGCUGACAGUGCUGACAGUGGUGACAGUGGUGGCGCGCCUUGGUGACACUGGUGUGUCGAUGUUCCUCAGCAUAACUGCGCGCAGGAUCGCAAACGCUAGUACCAUAUUGUGGUUAUGUGCACCAUCUAGGCCUUUGCUUUGCAGGCCCGAUUCUGCUUUGUGGUAGCCUUGUGUGGUUACGCAACAGAAGCUUGACAAUGCUAGUAUCUCGAUUUCCUUUUGGU